AUGUCCAUCGAAAACAUCGAGAACCUCUCCCUUGAGGACGGCAACAACCAGCUCCCCGCCGGCGCCACCGUCGAGCUCCACUCCCGCCCCGAACGCAAGGCCCGCAAGGCCCUCGAAGGUCUCGGCCUCAAGCGUGUCCAGGGCAUCACCAGAGUCACCCUCCGCCGCGCCCGAAACGUCCUCCUCGUCGUCGCCGACCCCGAAGUCUACAAGUCGCCCGGAAGCGACUGCUACAUUGUCUUUGGCGAGGCCAAGGUGGAGGACCCCAACAGCCAGGCCCAGCAGUUGGCUCAGCAGCAAUUGCAGGCGAGCAGCCAGGCUGCCCAGCAGGCGCACGCGCAGGGAGGGUUCAAGGAUGGUGUGCCCAAGUCUUUGGAGGACUUGGUUGGGGACGAGUCUGCCGAGGGAUCCACCGACGCUGCCGCUCCCGCUGAGCCCGCCGACUUCAAGGUGAACGAGGAAGAGAUUCAAUUGAUCGUCGCCCAAACCGGCGCGGACGAGGCCAAGGCCAGGGAGGCGUACAUUGCCGAGAAGGGAGACUUGAUCAAUGCUAGUGAGUGGCGCUCUUCUUCGCUUUAG